UUGAAAAGCCACACACGGGAAGUUGAUGUGGUCAGCUCCAUGCUCCCGUCGCUCGCGCUGAGAGACAAGUCUUAGUGCCAGUUCUACUGGACAUGUCAGCCAGGUUUGAACACAGACGCCGCAGAAAGAGCUCAACUAACGGCCAACACCACCUGGAGGGGCCAAAGAAAUUAAACCCACCCAGCACAAUGGCAGUCCAUGGUUUCUCCAGAGAUGCUGCAAGUUUGAAGAGAACUCUGUCGACAUGUGAAGAAAACUUUCCAACAGUUCUGCCAGUGAUGCUGGAUGUGGUCAGGGGUCCUGAGCGUCUUCCUGCAGAUGAGGAGCUAAAGGAAAUGUUGAGAGGGAAACUGCGUAUUAUGCAGGUUGACAGUGCCGAGAUCAACAGUCUAUUCAUGGAGUUGUCUGCUCAUGUCAUUUCCAUCAACAGUGAAGAAAAAGUCAUUUUUGUGACAUUCAAAACAUUUGAAGAGAUAUGGAAGUUCACCACAUAUUACACAAUAGGUUUCUUGGGCCAGUGUAUGGAGAAUUUGUUGUUAGACCAGAAGUUCUGGCUCAGUUCUUUGGAGGAAAAAGUUGCUAUUGAGGUUUCCAUUGAGGAGGAAACAGUUAACCUUAUCUACAAAGGCAUUCUCAUGCAAGAGGGUUCACUGUUUGCUCGUUGUAGUGCCAACCAGAUGUUUGACAGCUCCACCUCUGGAGGUGACCUGUACCUGGAGCAGGGAGAACUAGCCCAAUUUGAGCCUCCAUUCCUGGGCUCAGGGUGGACCGUGCUCAGCCUGGCUGAUGGAGCUAGGGGUACUGCACCCAAACCUGCUCUGGAGCCAGUUAUUGCUUUUCAACAAUGGUUUUUUAAAUCCUGCACAGAGAGCAUUUUAGUUGGUGAUGGGAAACCAACCUGCGACUUCCCUCUGCAGUUUGCCAGUGGAACCUGUAUGGCCACAGAACAGUAUGAUGCAGAGGGUCCAGAUGAGCUAAACAUUGCACCAGGUGAUUGCAUCAUCAUUGUGGGACUUCUGGUGUCCUGUUUUCAGUGGUUCAUAGGCAGGAAGGAGACAACAGGAGAAGUGGGUCUGGUGAAGACGAGGCUAGUGAAACCAUCCACUGACACUUACAACCCAGGAGAUAUUUUUUUGGAAUCAGAGGAACAAUCAUUCUUCAGUCUGCAAGAGGACAAAGUCAUAGAAGAAGCAGCUGCCUUAUUGAAGAAGAAAUCUCAAAAUGAUACUGGUCAUAACUAUAAACUGGAUAUUAUCAGUUUCCAAGCCUCUGAAAAGAAAACAUCACUCAGUUCUUCAAGGGAAAUUGAUACUUGGCAGACUGACCUGAAGGGAAAUAUUGAGAGGAUUCUUGAUCAAGGAAGAGACUCAUCCUCAGAUUCCAGUGGGAUCAUGAAUGGAAUUCUAGAGGAUGCAGUCAUGCUUACUGAAGCCCAAGUUCCAAGUCCUCCUCGUUUCUCUGUUCACCCAGUUGUGGAAGUAAACAACACUGAGAACUUUACUCCUCUUUUUUCUUUUUUAGAGAGACAAGACUACAAAGCAGAAUUUGGUGUCCUGUACAGACUGAGUUCUGAACUGCUCACAUCCUUCACUUUCUAUGGUCACUCUGACGAGGAUGAGCUGAUAGCCUUUCUGGGUGUUGCUAGGGAAACAGCCAGGAAGAAGCGACUCUUUUGGUCACAGACUCGUUUGUGCUUCCUGUUGGGUAAGCUCUGUGCUGGAAAGUCCAAGUUCAGCCAGGCCAGGAUUUACUUUGAGGAAGCCCUCAGUGUUCCACUAGAAGACUUCACAGACCUCAGGCUGUUAGCCAGCAUCUACUCCAACCUGGCUGCUAUAUAUCUUUUGCAGAAAAUUACUGAAAGAUUCUUUGCUGUGACAGAGCGACUUGUUGCCUUGCUACUGGGAGUGCCAGACUGCCUAGAAUGCUUAGAGGACAACUCUGUUCUUAAAUAUAUCCUCAAGAAAGCUAUUCUCUCUCACAACAAAAUGGCAGAGGCACGAGCUUGUUUUCUCUUGGCAAAGUACCACUGGACUUGUGCAGACAGGGCUCUAUCUGUUCCUUAUCUCGAGAGACUACUUGUUCUUUGUGCUAAAGCUGAAAGAACAUGGAGCAUCUCUCUCAGUCAUGGACACCUGACCCUGGGAAGGCUCUACAGUGAUCUCUCCAAACCCCAUCUCAGUGUCAGUUCAGCCAGGAAAGCAUCUCUGCAGCCAUCUUCCACACUAAGUGACUGUCUUAGUGGCAUGGUUCUAGUUCUGGACAAUGUCAACAAACUGUAUGGGAUCACAAAUCAACAGGCCUCCAUCUUGCCUCAGGUGGCUCCAUUUUUACACCAAGCCCUCUCUUUAACCAAGGUCCAAAGAGAAGGAAAGGAUAAAUACCAUAUUCUGAGCUAUCAGCUUACUGUUUGUCUCUGCCAACUUUUUUACAAGCACAAAAUGGUUGGACACGCUAUCCACCAAAUGCAUACUCUCAUCAACAACAGUCCACCUUCACAGCGAGCCCCUGUCUCGGUCCCAGAAAGAAAUGGUGCGCUUAUCUUUCUGGCAUGGCUUCACAUUGAAAACAACCAGCCCAGUGUUGCUUUGGAUAUCCUAGACUUGGUCCUAUCUUCCAUGCCAGAACACUGUACAACCCCUCAGGAAGGUGUGGUCCUCAACAUGCGUGGUGUGGCACUUCGAAGUAUGGGAGAUCUCCAGAGGGCAGCAGAGAGCUACCAGUCUGCUGCUGACAUCUGCCAAGAGUAUGAGGACCUGUCAAACUGGGCUGUAGCUCAGGCUAACCUAGGGCUGUUGUGUCUCAAGGCUGGAGCUAAAGGACUAGCACAGAAGCACUUGACUGAGGCUGUGCAGUUGUUCUCAGAGCUAGACGCAAAGGGUUAUGAAGCGAACUUCAUCACAGUGCUACUAGAGCUAGGACAGCACUAUUUGAAGCAGCAACAGCUGUAUUAUGGGAAAGGAUGCUAUGAGUGGGCUCUGUUACUGGCUAUCAAUGCCAACUUGUUAGACUGCCAGCUCUCUGCAACCAGAAAGCUCUGCCAUCUAUAUGGGUGUGAGAGUCCAGACCAGGCCCAGUGUGUUAUCUACAGCCAGCACCAGGUCAAACUGCUGAGAUGCAAAGGAGACAGAGGACAGGAAGGAGAUGCACUGGAAGCAAUCAGCCAACUCUUCCUCACUCAGGGCACAGAAAGGUCCUACCGGACAGCUCUCGACUGUACUAAGAGUAGUCUGGCCAUUUUCAUCGACUUGGGCUGCAGAGAGAAGGAGGCGUAUGGCUGGCUGAAUGCUGGGAAGAUCUACCACCUGCUGGGCCAGACUGAACUUGUGGACCUUUAUGUACAGGUAGCCCAGGAUGCUGCUUUAAGCACAGGAGACACCAGGUUCAUCCUGAAGCUUCUGGAAGCUGCAGGAGACAUUUUCUUUGACAGCUGCCAGGACAGAGACAAGGCUAUCACCUUUUAUAGGGACCGUGCUCUACCCAUCGCAAUGAAGAGCAGCAGUGUUCGUACCAGGCUGAGAUUGUGUAAUAAGUUGACUGAAGUAAUGAUCAGUCUCAAGCUGUAUGGGGAGGCUGUUGAGUUUGCUCAGACUGCACUGGACAUCAGUAUCACUCUGGGUGAGUAUCUGAAUGAGCGAGUGGCCUACCAUCGCCUGGGCUUUCUCUACCACUGUGUGGGGCAGCAUGAACUGGCUGAACACUAUUACCUAAAAACACUGACCCUCUGCCCAACACCUCUGGAGUUUGAUGAAGAAACACUGUAUUAUGUCAGGAUCUACCAGACACUGGGAGACAUCAUAUUCUAUGAUCUGAAGGACCCAUUUGAUGCUGCAGGCUACUACCACUUGGCUCUGGCUGCAGCCAUGGACUUAGGCAACAAGAGGUCUCAGUUGCACCUGUGCACACGCCUGGCCACCAUUUACCACAACUUUCUCAAAGACCGGGAGCUCUCCCUCUUCUUCUACCAGAAGGCGAGAGGAUUUGCUACAGAGCUGAAUGUGAGAAGGAUUAACAUCUCAUCAGAUCAGCAUUAUAGCAGCAGCUCACAGUAAGACAGACAAAUUUCGGCCAAUGGCUCAAUGGAAUUUUUUUUUUUUUUUUGUACAGAAAAACUAUGAAGAACUAUGCUG